AUGACCCUGAACAGUAGAGGGGUACGGAGGGCUGCUGUGGUGAGAGAGCUCCUUCACGCUGUAGAUCUAACCCUGGCCAAUGGCAGCGCUGUAGAUCUAACCCUGGCCAAUAGCUGCGCUGUAGAUCUAACCCUGGCCAAUGGCAGCGCUGUAGAUCUAACCCUGGCCAAUAGUUGCGCUGUAGAUCUAACCCUGGCCAAUGGCAGCGCUGUAGAUCUAACCCUGGCCAAUGGCAGCGCUGUAGAUCUAACCCUGGCCAAUGGCAGCGCUGUAGAUCUAACACUGGCCAAUGGCAGCGGUGUAGAUCUAACCCUGGCCAAUGGCAGCGCUGUAGAUCUAACACUGGCCAAUGGCAGCGGUGUAGAUCUAACCCUGGCCAAUGGCAGCGCUGCAGAUCUAACCCUGGCCAAUGGCAGCGCUGUAGAUCUAACACUGGCCAAUGGCAGCGGUGUAGAUCUAACCCUGGCCAAUGGCAGCGCUGUAGAUCUAACACUGGCCAAUGGCAGCGGUGUAGAUCUAACCCUGGCCAAUGGCAGCGCUGCAGAUCUAACCCUGGCCAAUGGCAGCGCUGUAGAUCUAACCCUGACCAAUGGCAGCGCUGUAGAUCUAACCCUGGCCAAUGGCAGCGCUGCAGAUCUAACCCUGGCCAAUGGCAGCGCUGUAGAUCUAACCCUGACCAAUGGCAGCGCUGUAGAUCUAACACUGGCCAAUGGCAGCGGUGUAGAUCUAACCCUGGCCAAUGGCAGCGCUGCAGAUCUAACCCUGGCCAAUGGCAGCGCUGUAGCAGUGUGGUAA